AUGUCAUCUCCCGUUGAGAAGGAGGCUGGCUCCACCGAGCCAGUCAAAGAUACAGACAACCCCAGCUCCCCCACCGAGGAGCCGGUAAAGAGGAAGAGAGAAUACAAGGAUUUUGGCCAUGAGGAGGAAAAAGCUACCCACGCCAAGGUUGACAUGUCGGAGAUCCAGCUGCGCGCCGAGGAUCUAUAUGACAAGGAAAAGGUCGAUCUGGAAACCAUCGUCGUUGAGGACGUCUUCAAGCUCCUCCAGUGCGAUGAGAACGGUCUCUCGGCUGAGGAGGCUACCCGUCGUCUGGAGCUAUUCGGUCCCAACAGGCUCGAGGCUGAGGAGCAGAAUGCCUUCCUUCAGUUCCUUUCGUUCAUGUGGAAUCCACUCUCCUGGGUCAUGGAAGGUGCCGCCCUGGUCGCUAUCGUGCUGUCCAACGGUGAAGGCCAGCCUCCGGACUGGGAGGAUUUCGUCGGUAUCGUCACGCUUUUGCUCAUCAACUCGUUCAUCGGUUUCUACGAGGAGCGCAAUGCUGGUAACGCUGUCAAGGCUUUGAUGGACUCGCUCGCCCCCAAAGCCAAGGUUAAGCGCGCCGGUCAGUGGAAGGAAAUCGAGUCUGCAGAGUUGGUGCCCGGUGAUAUGGUCUCUUUCAAGAUUGGUGACAUCGUCCCCGCCGAUUGCCGUCUCACUGAGGCUAUCAACGUCUCGAUCGACCAAGCUGCGUUGACUGGUGAGUCUCUGCCUCAAAGUAAGAAGAAUGGGGAUCAGUGCUUCUCCGGUUCCACUUGCAAGCAGGGUGAGGCUGAGGGUGUCGUUAUCUCCACCGGCGCCAACACGUUCUUCGGUCGCGCUGCGUCCCUUGUCGGUCAAGACGAUGAUACCACUGGUCACUUGCAGAAGAUUCUUGCGCAAAUCGGCUCCUUCUGUCUCAUCUCCAUCGGUAUAUUCGUCAUUGCUGAAAUCUUCUGCUUGUAUGCCGGCUUCCGCUACAACUACCGUCGCGGUCUGAAUGACAUUUUGGUGCUCCUGAUCGGAGGUAUUCCAAUUGCCAUGCCCACUGUCCUCUCGGUCACGCUCGCCGUCGGUGCCCAGCAGCUCGCGAAGUACAAGGCCAUCGUCACCCGUAUUACUGCUAUCGAGGAGUUGGCCGCUGUCACUAUCCUAUGCUCUGACAAGACGGGUACGCUUACGACCAACAAGCUUACUAUCGAUCGCGAGACUGUCCGCACGUAUGGCCCCUUCACCGCCGAGGAUGUUAUCCUCCUUGCUGCGUACGCGUCCCGUACGGAGAACCAGGAUGCCAUCGAUGCUUGCGUUGUUGGUGCUCUUGGUGACACUUCCCGUGCUCGCGCCGGUAUCAAGCUUCUCGACUUCAAGCCGUUCAACCCUGUUGAUAAGCGCACGGAGAUCACUUAUCGCGAGGAGUCCAGUGGCCGUCUCAAGCGCGUCACCAAGGGUAUGACCGGUAUCAUCAUCGAACUGUGCACUCGCAACAAGACUGACGAGAUCGAGAAUCGUCUUGAGGCUGACGUUGAGGAGUUUGCUGUCCGUGGUCUCCGUGCCCUUGCUGUCGCUUACGAGGAACUUGACCAUGACGACCACGAGGGCGAGGGUAAUGGCUUUGAACUCAUCGGUCUGCUCCCCAUCUUCGACCCUCCUCGUACUGACACCAAGCAGACCAUUGACGAUGCUAUCCUUCUCGGUGUUCGCGUCAAGAUGGUUACUGGUGAUCAGCUCGCCAUUGCAAAGGAGACCGGUCGUCGUCUUGGCCUCGGUGAUCACAUGUACCCCGCCAAGGUGCUGAAGGAUGGACCUGAGCCCGGAGGCAAGCACGGAUCGCUUGACGAGAUGAUUCUUGACGCCGACGGUUUCGCUGGUGUCUUCCCCGAGCACAAGUACGAGAUCGUCAAGCGUCUUCAGGGUCUUGGUCAUCUGGUCGCUAUGACUGGUGACGGUGCCAACGAUGCUCCCGCUCUGUCCCGCGCUAACGUUGGUAUUGCCGUUGAGGGUGCCACUGAUGCCGCCCGUGGUGCAGCUGAUAUUGUCUUGACUGAGCCUGGACUCUCGACGAUCGUGCACGCUAUCCGAGGGUCUCGUAUCAUCUUCCAGCGUAUGAGGAACUACUCGAUCUACGCCUGCGCUGUCACCAUCCGUAUCGUUGUUUGCUUUGCUAUUCUCGCUUUUGCCUUCAAGUUCGACUUCCCGCCAUUCAUGGUCCUGAUCAUUGCCCUACUCAAUGACGGUACUAUCAUGACACUUUCCGUCGAUCGUGUCUUGCCAUCGAACACUCCGGAUAGUUGGGAUCUUGCGGAGAUCUUCUCGUACGCUGUUGCCUAUGGCUUGUACCUGACGCUGUCAACGAUUGCUCUGGUCGCUAUUUGCAUCAAGACCGACUUCUUCUACCGCAAGUUUGGCGUGACGUUCCACGGUGGCGCUACCAUGGCUACUGAUCACAACGAUCCUCAACUUCACUCCAUUGUCUACCUCCAGGUUGCCAUCAUCUCGCAGGCAUUGAUCUUCGUCACGCGUUCGCACGGAUUCUUCUUCAUGGAGCGUCCGUCAUUCGCUUUAAUGGGAGCGUUCUGCAUUGCUCAGCUUGUAUCGACCAUCAUCGCCGUAUACGCAGACUGGGGCUUCACUCAGAUUGAGGGUAUCUCUGGUGGCUGGGUUGGUAUUGUCUGGGUUUGGGAUAUCAUUUGGUUUGUCCCCCUCGACUGGAUCAAGUUUGCGAUGAAGGCGACAAUUAUCAAGAGUCUCCGUGAACGCCACAAUGCGGCGAAGGCUCAAGCUGCGAAGUCCGAGAGCACUGGUGUUCCUGUCACUCGUACCCAAUCUCGCGCUGCAUCUGUCCAUGAGUCGCUAUACUCCAACCGUGUCUCGUUCAUUCGUCGCGCUGCUCGCAAGGUUGGCUUUGGCUCCAAGAUUUCGAUGAAGCCCGAGGAGCUUCAACGAUUCAGCAGCAUGCAGGCUCAGCACGCGGGCGCCACGCUCGCGCGCAACCCGUCUCGCACUGCUGCUGCAUAG